UUUCUGGAAGUCGGAGGAACAGCCAGUAUCUGAGCCAGCACAGGAACGGGAGCAACGGUGGACGAAGGGUGGGCUGUGUUGGAAUACGAUAUACUUGCAUUAUUCACCCAUACAGACGGUGUAUGCAACGGAGCAGUCGUCGACAUGAACGUGAAGGUCUUCAUUUUGGGCUCGGGAAGCUGAAGCAUAUUGCAGCCCGGUCACAUUACGUUUUCAGUGGGAUAAGCCAUCUGUGAUACACUGGGUGUGCUCAGCGCAAUAACGGCGCGAGCCAACCGGUUAUUCCAUCGACAGCUAGCUCAUAUUAACCCAGCUAGCCAACCAUUUUCGAGAGCCCCGUUAGCUUGCGGUGAAGAGAGCAUCUUGGUCGGUGCGGGAAGUGUCUGUGGAUGCUGCUGAGGGAGUCUUCUACCUGGCCGUAUCCAGCAGCAAGAUACGAAGCCGAGGCAUGCAAAAAGCGGUGUUUUUUUGCAAACGAGCGAGGAAAUCUCCACGCCCUGGGGUCUGGUCUACGGUUACUAUUUAGCUAGCUCGCUGGCUAGCCAGCCUACCAGGAGAGUAGCUCAGGAGAAGGUGGGGCCGCGGAGUGUCAGCCUUGGACGCCAGCUAAUGUGGCUAGCCGGCUAACCUGGACACUUGAGUGGCCACUUGUUUUCCUGACACUGAUAUCGAGGGGUUUAAAUUACCAGCAGCGUGCAGUCUGGUACAAUAGAAACUGCAUUUAGCAAGAAAAUACGUUAUCAUUGAUUCCUCCAAAACCCGUGUGGGUGGGAUAUCUCGAGGAGAGCAUCCUCGUUUACCUGAAUGACUAUGGCGGACGACGACGUGCUGUUCGAGGAUGUCUACGAGCUGUGCGAGGUGAUCGGAAAGGGUCCCUUCAGCGUGGUGAGGCGCUGCAUCAACAGGGACACGGGCCAGCAGUUUGCCGUAAAGAUCGUCGAUGUGGCCAGCUUCACCUCCAGCCCUGGCCUCAGCACAGAAGAUCUGAAAAGAGAGGCCAGUAUCUGCCACAUGCUGAAACACCCUCACAUCGUGGAGCUGCUGGAGACCUACAGCUCCGAUGGCAUGCUCUACAUGGUCUUUGAAUUUAUGGACGGAGCAGACCUGUGUUUUGAAAUUGUCAAGAGAGCUGACGCCGGGUUUGUGUACAGCGAAGCAGUGGCCAGCCACUAUAUGAGGCAGAUCUUGGAGGCACUUCGAUACUGCCACGACAACAAUGUGAUUCAUCGCGACGUAAAGCCUCACUGUGUGCUGCUGGCCUCAAAGGAGAACUCUGCUCCGGUCAAGCUGGGAGGUUUUGGAGUGGCGAUACAGCUGGGAGAGUCUGGCUUAGUAGCUGGAGGUCGAGUCGGUACUCCCCAUUUCAUGGCCCCGGAGGUGGUGAAGCGGGAGCCGUACGGCAAACCGGUGGACGUGUGGGGAUGCGGAGUCAUCCUCUUCAUCCUCCUGUCCGGCUGUCUGCCUUUCUACGGCACCAAGGAGCGCUUGUUUGAGGCCAUCAUUAAAGGGAAAUACAAGAUGAAUCCGCGUCAGUGGGCCCACAUCUCGGAGAGCGCCAAAGACCUGGUGAGACGUAUGCUGAUGCUGGACCCCGCUGAGAGAAUCACUGUCUACGAGGCCCUCAACCACCCCUGGCUGAAGGAGAGGGACAGGUAUGCCUACAAGAUCCACCUGCCUGAAACGGUGGAACAGCUGAGGAAGUUCAACGCCAGGAGGAAGCUGAAGGGUGCAGUGCUGGCCGCCGUUUCCAGCCACAAGUUUAAUUCCUACUAUGGUGACCCCCCAGAGGAGCUUCAUGACUUCUCAGACGACCCCACCUCCUCAGGACUGCUAGCUGCCGAAAGGGCAGUAUCGCAGGUUUUGGACAGUCUAGAGGAGAUUCAUGCACUGACGGACUGCAGUGAGAAAGACAUGGACUUCCUGCACAGCGUCUUCCAGGAUCAGCACCUCCACACCUUGCUAGAUCUUUAUGACAAAAUCAACACCAGGUCGUCUCCUCAGAUCAGAAAUCCCCCUAGUGAUGGUGUGCAGAGAGCCAAAGAGGUACUGGAAACCAUCUCCUGUUACCCAGAGAACAUGGAGGCCAAGGAGCUCAGGAGGAUCCUCACACAGCCGCACUUCAUGGCUCUGCUGCAGACCCAUGAUGUGGUGGCCCAUGAGGUCUACAGUGAUGAGGCGUUGAGGGUGACCCCUCCACCCACCUCACCGUACCUUAACGGAGACUCCCCGGACAGCACCAACGGAGACAUGGACCUGGAGAAUGUUACCAGGGUUCGCCUGGUCCAGUUUCAGAAGAACACUGAUGAGCCCAUGGGCAUCACCCUGAAAAUGAAUGACCUCAACCACUGUAUUGUGGCCCGCAUCAUGCAUGGUGGCAUGAUUCAUCGACAAGGGACUCUGCAUGUAGGAGAUGAGAUCAGGGAGAUCAAUGGCAUCAGUGUUGCCAAUCAGACAGUAGAGCAGCUCCAAAAGAUGCUGAGAGAAAUGAGGGGUAGUAUUACCUUCAAGAUUGUACCCAGUUACCGAUCCCAGUCCAUGUCUUGUGAGAAAGAGUCACCAGAUUUGUCCAGACAGUCACCUGCUAAUGGUCAUGCUAGCAUCACCAGCUCCAUCCUGGACCUGCCAUCGACGAUUCAGCCUAAAGGGCGUCAGAUCACCAGACCAGCUAUCAAGGACAAAUUGUCCAUCAAGAUUUAUGUACGUGCCCAGUUCGAAUACGACCCAGCCAAAGACGACCUCAUCCCCUGUAAGGAGGCGGGCGUUCGCUUCCGGGUGGGCGAUAUCAUUCAGAUAAUCUCCAAGGAUGACCACAACUGGUGGCAGGGAAAACUGGAGAACACCAAGAACGGCACAGCAGGCCUCAUCCCUUCACCCGAGCUACAGGAGUGGCGUGUGGCAUGUAUAGCAAUGGAGAAGACCAAACAGGAACAGCAGGCCAGUUGUACCUGGUUUGGCAAGAAGAAGAAACAGUAUAAAGACAAAUACCUGGCUAAGCACAAUGCAGUGUUCGACCAACUAGACCUGGUCACAUACGAGGAAGUGGUCAAGGUGCCAUCGUUCAAGAGGAAAACACUGGUUCUGCUUGGUGCACACGGAGUUGGUAGGAGGCACAUCAAGAACACGCUCAUUACCAAACAUCCUGACCGGUUCGCCUACCCCAUCCCUCACACGACCCGUCCUCCUAAGAAGGACGAGGAGAACGGAAAGAACUACUACUUCGUGUCUCACGAACAGAUGAUGCAGGACAUCAGCAACAACGACUACCUGGAGUACGGCAGCCACGAGGAUGCUAUGUAUGGAACCAGGCUGGAGACUAUCAGGCAGAUCCACACACAGGGCAUGAUCUCUAUCCUGGAUGUGGAACCGCAGGCACUAAAGAUACUCAGGACAGCCGAGUUUGCUCCCUACGUCGUCUUCAUCGCUGCUCCCACCAUCACCCCCGGCAUGACUGAGGACGACUCUCUUCAGCGGCUUCAGAAGGAAUCCGAGAUGCUGCAGAGGACCUACGCUCACUACUUUGACCAGACCGUCAUCAACAACGAAAUCGACGACACCAUCCGCCUGCUGGAGGAAGCCGUGGACCUGGUGUCCACCGCUUCUCAGUGGGUCCCCGUCUCCUGGGUCUACUGACGCACGGCCUCCGACGACCCGUCUCCGAUCCCACCCGGAAGCUAAACUUCAGCGGAAUCCCCUCCGGUCACGUCUCUCUCAUCGCAAUCGUACAUUUCUGUAGAUAAACUGUUGUUGAAAAAUAGGGAAAAUGAAGAAACUGAUAACUCUGACGCCUCGCCGCAGAGACUUCGUCCCACCCCGGCCCCUUUUUCUCAACAGCCUAAAAGGCGUAUUGUCGUGUACAUAUAUACAUAUAUAUAUAUAAAUGAAAAAAACUAAGUGAAUAAGGUUCUGUCCUCAUGUAGUCAAAGGGUGGGGAGCGGAGGGGCAGCGCAGUAGAUAUUUUGUACUUUUCUUUUGUAAUCAACGGAUGGGUGUUAAUAUCGGAGGCGAUAGCGAGCAUGACCGUAAAGCAGUCUUAUGUGGGUGCCUGUGUGUGUGUGUGUUGACCUUUUAAGGCACUUCUCGUGGUACUCUGUGUCCUCCUCUCCGAUCCCCCCCCACCCGGAUUUCCUCGGCCACUGUGACAAACGAGCCGAACUCUGAAGCACAUUAGAAGCUGCUAUAGUGGCAACAAGUAACUCCCUCAGCUCCAAAUGCAAGUUUGAGUGAAGCAAAAAGCACAGGAAACUUGGCAGUUUCUCUCCCCCCCCCCCCCCCCCCCCCCCACGCGCUAACUCCCCCAGCCCUUUUAUUUAUUUCACCGGCCCUCUGUGCCUGUUGUUCCCCGCUUCCCUAACCCGACGAUCUUUGUUUACAUCUCGGUUUGCACAAAACGGACAAUGAAGAAGACGUGUACCGCGUUUCGUCACCCUGCAGUUUUCAUUUCGUCCCGCCUACUCUCUGUGGCCGUCUUAACCCCUCUCCCUCCUCACACACUAAGCAGGCGGCUGAUAGAUUUGGAAUUUGGCCACGAUUGGCUGCAAAAAAGCACCGACGCCGGUGAAAAAAAUGGCUCCCGAACUGGAAUACAAAAAAAAAAAAAGACUAACAAGAAAGAAGAAAAACAAACUGCCUUAUCAGAGCCUCGGGAGGAAGCCGGUAACACCUAUGCACGCCCCUGGUUACUGCCACGACAACAGAUUUCUUCUGGCCUCACACUCGACGAGCCUCUCUUGUUAAAACUAAAAUGUUCAUAGGAGUGUGUGUGUGUGUGUGUGGGGAAGGGGAGGGCCUUCUUGUAGGUGGGACGAAUCCAAUCCUAGAGCCACCGUUUUGGAAUUGUUAACUGUUGUCUUUAAAAAAUAUAAGGAGUAUUCUUGUUUUGAGGGAGAGAAAAUAACUAAAUUUUGUGUGUAAAUGUUUCAAUGGUGCGUACGUCAUGAGUGAACUACCAAGAGCCAGUGUAUAUUAACCCUGAAAAGAAGCUCGGUAUGUGACAUAACCUCUUUGCGCUUUACUGGAAGCGGCGUGACGGUUGAAGGCUCGAAAAGAAGAAGAAAAAGAAUUUAAAAAAAAACAAAAAAAAACAAAACAAAAAACUUUAAACCGUGUGCUGCUGUCGCCGUUGUGCCGCUUCAAGUAAAGUGUUUUCAUUUCAAGUCCUGUGUAAAUUACCUCUGCAAAUGACAAAAGCAGCUCUUCUGUAUGAAAUGUCGUUCUUUUUUUGUUAUUUCAUUUUUCAAAAAAAAAUAUAUUUCCUUUUACGUGUUUAAAGUAAA